AUGCCAGAAAUUCUCCUGCCAGACACAGCAUCCAUCACCUCCUCGACCGCCUCCUCUCUCCUCCUCUACACGGACCUCCAAAGAAGUCUCUCCCGUCGCAACAAGUCCCUCCCUCUGCGCCGCUUAUCGGUCUGGGUCUCCCGCCGUAUCUCCAGACAGGGAUUAAACGCCACUUAUGAUAACAGUUAUCCGCACGACCACACCCACCCUCAGAAUCACAAUCACAAUCACAUCCACGAUGCCAAUGACUAUGACAGGCAAAAGAUUACCGCCGACCUUAACCACCGCAAAUUGAAAGAGUACGAGGCAGAGCGCGAUCUCUCCGAGUCCUAUGCGGCGUAUUGCCGGGCCUUUACGUCGGCGGGCCAGCAUCUCCAUCACCAGAAACGCAGGACGUGGAUGAUGGACGGCGAGGUGGACCUCACUAAGGUUUCUGAGAAUUCCGUCCCUCGACAUGCCAAUGAGGAUGGGGAAGGUGUCCUCGGUGAGAAAUGGGGGACACUACCCGCCGAACCCGACCCCGUGCCCUCACCCGACACCGAGCUAGAACCAUCGCCGCCGCCUCAGAUCCUCACGCCGUCGCUCUACGUCGAGAUGCGCCGGGCGGACUGCGACAAGGAACGAGCCAGGCAACGGCUAUGGCAACGCCGCUUGUGGUCGUGGUCGUGGUUCUCCCACAUUCGUCACCGCGAGUCUCACUGA